UUAUUUUUCUCCCCCCGUCUUCCUCGCCUUUCCUGCAGGUAGGCCCCCGCCACCGAGCCCUCUGUUACCUCCCCCCUUCUCCUCCGCUUCACCCGACGCCUCCUCCUGCCCGCCCGGAUCUACCUCGGCGCCGCGUCGGCGGGCGGAACCCACCGGCGGCCGCGCGGGGAGGAGGCGAUCGAAAAAACCCGAGGGGGGAAUCGCGCCGGGAUAAUCCUAGGGCAGAAUGUUCAAGUUCCUCAAGGAGGUGGUCGCGGGAUCCGGAUCGGGCCUCAAGGACUUCCCCUACACCAUCGGCGAGCCCUACGCCUCCGCGUGGGGCUCGUGGACGCACCACCGCGGCACCUCCAAGGAUGAUGGGUCGCCCGUGUCAAUCUUUUCUCUGUCAGGGAGCAAUCCUCAGGACAGGCACUUGGUUGCUGGUCGGAAUGGUGUUAAGAGAUUACGAACAGUGCGUCAUCCAAACAUUUUAUCCUUUCUUCACAGUACUGAAGCAGAAGUUCCUGAUGGACCUGCCAUGAAGCAUACAAUUUAUAUUGUAACAGAGCCUGUUACGCCACUUUCAGAAAAGCUUAAGGAACUGAACCUGGGAGGCACACAGAGAGAUGAGUACUUUGCUUGGGGUCUUCACCAGAUAUCAAAAGCUGUGAGCUUUCUCAACAACGACUGCAAGCUUGUUCACGGGAAUGUAUGCGUGACGAGCGUAGUUGUUACUCAAACUCUAGAUUGGAAGCUUCAUGCUUUUGAUGUUCUUUCUGAAUUUGAUGCUAACAACGAAGCCUCUAAUAGCCCCAUGUUGCAAUUUGAAUGGUUAGUUGGAACACAAUAUAAGCCAAUGGAGCUAACAAAGUCAGAUUGGGUGUCAAUUAGGAAAUCACCUCCAUGGGCAAUUGAUUCCUGGGGACUGGGGUGUUUAAUUUAUGAGCUCUUUUCUGGUGCAAAGCUAACCAGGACAGAGGACCUUCGGAACACUGCUUCAAUCCCAAAGUCUUUACUUCCAGAUUACCAGAGGCUCUUGAGUUCUGCCCCUUCUCGUAGAAUGAACCCUUCUAAACUUAUUGACAACAGUGAGUUUUUCCAGAACAAGUUAGUAGAGACCAUACAGUUCAUGGAAGUUCUUAACUUAAAGGACAGUGUUGAGAAAGAUAGCUUUUUCCGUAAACUACCGAACAUAGCUGAGCAGCUUCCUCGUGAGAUAGUCCUGAAAAAGUUGCUCCCUGUGCUGGCAUCUGCUCUUGAGUUUGGUUCAGCUGCUGCACCAGCCUUGGUUGUAUUGUUGAAGAUGGGUUCCUGGCUUCCAGCUGACCAAUUUAGUGCAAAGGUUUUGCCUACAAUUGUGAAGCUUUUUGCCUCUAAUGACCGAGCUAUCCGAGUUAGCCUUUUGCAGCACAUAGAUCAGUUUGGGGAGUCAUUGACAGCUCAAACUGUUGAUGAGCAAGUUUUCCCCCAUGUUGCCACUGGGUUCUCUGAUACUUCUGCUUUUCUUCGUGAACUGACCUUGAAGUCUAUGCUUGUAUUGGCACCCAAAUUAUCUCAGCGUACGAUUUCAGGAUCUCUCUUGAAGUAUCUAUCUAAGCUCCAGGUUGAUGAAGAACCUGCGAUCAGGACAAACACUACAAUUCUUCUUGGAAAUAUUGCAAACUACAUGAAUGAUGGGACUAGGAAAAGGGUAUUGAUCAACGCAUUUACUGUCCGUGCAUUACGUGAUACCUUCCCCCCUGCUCGAGCAGCUGGCAUCAUGGCGCUAAGUGUCACUAGUUCAUACUAUGAAAUGACAGAGAUUGCAACUCGUAUUCUGCCUAACGUUGUUGUCCUCACAUUUGAUCCAGAUAGUGAUGUGAGGACCAAGGCUUUCCAGGCUACUGAUCAAUUCUUGCAAAUAGCAAAACAACAUCAUGAAAAGCUUACUAUGGGAGACAACAGCGCAGCCGAAGCUACUGGUAUCCAGUUAAAGCCUGGAAAUGCUGGUUUACUUGGGUGGGCUAUGAGUUCUCUUACUCAGAAGGGAAAAGGUUCUGACCAUGGUCCGGUUUCUAGUGCAAAUGCUAGCAACUCUCAAAUUUCAGCAACCUCCAGUGUCACAUCAGAUAAUAGAUCUUCCACCGUAGCAUAUGCACCAUCCACUUCUAGCUCUCUUGAUCAAACUGCACCAGCAUCAGCAAGGUCCUCGGUGGAUGGGUGGGGUGAAAUUGAAAACGAUAAUACUCAGGAAGAGAAUGGUAGUGAUAAAGAAGGAUGGGAUGAUGUAGAUCCGUUUGACGAGAAGCCUCCACCAUCUCUUCUCUCUAACAUACAGGCUGCUCAGAAACGUCCUGUGGCGCAACCAAAACAACCAGUAUCAAAUUCGUCAAGAUUAAAUCAACCAAAGGUGCCCAAACCAGAAGAGGAUCCUCUAUGGGGUUCUAUAGCUGCUCCAGCACCCAAAAAUGCAUCGAAGUCUUCAGACAUCAAACCUUCAACGUCGCACAAUGAUGACGAUGACCUCUGGGGUUCGAUAGCUGCACCUCCACCGAAAUCAGCUGGGAAGCCCUUGAAGCCACCAGCAGCAGCAAACAGUGACGAUUUAUGGGGUGCCAUCGCUGCACCCCCACCAUCAACCAAAGCUAGACCUCUAGCUUCAUCAGGUAGGGGUCGAGGAACAAAGCCAGCUCAGCCAAAGCUUGGCGCACAAAGAAUAGGCAGGACGUCUUCAACUGGGAUGUGAAGCGCCAUCGUCAUACAAGUGUUGUACAAGGAUGAAUUUUUCUUUUCUUUUUUUUUCUUUCGCUUUCUGUCGAGAAUAUUCCCAUUUUGUAAACUAGCCCAAUCAUUUAUAUGGACAUGAUUAUGCCCAAUGUAUUAUUUCACAAUUGUGUAUUACGAUAGCUUCAGGAUAUAUGUACAUCACAGGAGUGACCUUCAAUUGUUUUCAUCAAUAUAUUGGUUUUGCCUUUUGUUCUA